AUGGCACUCCCUGAACACCUUGAUGAUGAAGAAAGGCAAGUUCUUUCCUUGUUCAACAUAGCCCAUCGGCACCCCACGGACGUUGAUUCCUCGCCAUCUUCCCCUUCAUCACCCUCGGACACUCUCAACUACUUAUUCGCCAAUCGCCAGACAAGAUCCACAAAACAUCGUUUGCGCUCCAAUGCGGACGAGUCUACUAGCCGCCUCCUUACACGCCUCCUUGCUCGCGACGAUGAUAUACGCGCGGCCAACGCACUUAUCACCGCCACCAACGAGCGCCUUACGAACGAAACUGCUCGUGCAGAUACAGCAGAACACCGCGCUCUCGAGUACUUCACUCGUCUUCGAUCUGCCAACGAGGCUCGCGAGCGUGCAGAGCAGGACGUAAACCGCCUCAAGGAAGAGUUGAGACUGUAUAGUGUUCAGCUCGAGAAUGCGCAAAAAGAAAUAUUUCGUGCCCAAGAUAUCAUCGCCCAGGUAGCUGCACAAAAGAGCGAAGCAGAGGCAGAUGCUGCACGUGCUCGAACUACUGCAAGAAAACUGCAAGAGGAGAAGCUUGUUAUGCAGGCGCGCGACGAAGGAAGGAAGGAGGGGUAUAAAGAGGGAUGGUCAAGAGGUCGCCGACUAGGAUACGUUGAAGGUAGAGAAAUCGAAUUUGUGGACAGUGAGCGUCAUCGAUCUCGACAACGAUACGUUGUUCAAGAAGAAGAUGACGGCGACGACGAGGAGCCAUUCGACGAGGUCAGGGUCAGGCCAGCUGAACGCCCUCAGUCUGCAGCUGCGAACCGACGUCAAUCAAGCCAGGUCCCACUGGUCAAUCGCCCAGGGUCUGCUCCUCCGGUGCGUAAUUAUGAUACAGCGCCACAUGCAGCCAAUAUACCAGUUCGAACCGUUGUGACGCCCAGGCCACUCCCAUCCCCUUCCCAUGAGCCGCUACCUCUGCCCAUACCUGCUCAUUCUCGAAGCCCAGAAACGAUUCAUCCCAUCCCUAUCCGACUAAGCCCGUCUCCUACCUUCCGCCCGACUUCAGUUCCUCCAGAUGGAUGGAUCCCUCGCGCUGACUCUCGCACGAGUCGUAUCGCUAUGCCUUCUCCCCAUGAGUUGAUACAGCCUGUAGAAAGUGCACUGUUCGGAUCUUCGGAAACGAGUGACAAUGAUCACCCACCUGUGCGUACGCAUGAUUAUGCAUACCCAUCGCAACGUUCGCGUGCCAUAUCUGCAUCAUCACGUUCAUCAACGAGGAUAUCGCAAUAUGACCUCGUCAGUGCUCCGACAGGGAGAGACGAUGAUACACUGACAUCACGUAGCAGCAGCGUCAAUUCCGUCAACUUCGUACCCGUACGUACAUGGACUGGGAGCCAUCCACAACUCACACCCGUGAUGGAGGAACAACGACAGAGGAGCGAAACGGAGAGUAUAGCGGAGCACUGGCGCGCGGAGAACUCUGAGUCUUCUACCUCAAGGCUCACGCGUCCACCUUCUCGACCACCACUACGAAGGCCGAGGGAAGUCAUAAUGCCUGCAUCACUAGCUAAUGAUGCAAGCAGGCAAACCCGUACUGAAACCCCUCCAGCAGCCGCUCCUAAUAGAGCUCGUUCACCUUUAGAUUAUCUGUUUAGACAUCGUUUUCGACAGCGCACAUCUAGCUCAAGCAUUCCCCAAAUCGUUGUCGAGUCUCCGUCUGAAUCUCAGUCUAAUGGUUCAGAAACUGCAGUCACACAUCCUGAACUCCUCAGUCCUGAUGCUGCCAGCAGAUCAGUCCAACUUCCAAGCGAAGACCUUUCGCAUUCUAACCAGUCUCAUCAAACUAGUCAUACAUCCCAUCAAGCUCAGCCCGCAGAUUCUGGGUCGAGUUCCUCACCUACUCCUUCCUAUUGGCCAGCGGGAUUUAUCCCUCUUUCUGGUCCUCCACCUUCACCUCCAACUCAGAGCGAACAGAGGCGUCCUGCCAGUAGGGCGGCUUCGAGAGGGGCUUACGACAUUGCCCCCGUUCCGUCUGGCGUGUUAUAUCCUGAACCGCCUUCACGCCCACAAACGUCAUCUGAAAAUCGACCUUAUCCGAGUCAUCGCGACGCUGGACUGACCCGUUUGGGGUACGACGAUAGGUCUUUGUCGCCUGCUCCUCUACAGCGCCCAAUCUCUAUCUUUAAUGACCCCUUGAAGUAG